ACUAGAAAGGGUUGAUGUAAGAAGAGGAGGAGGAUGAUGAAGGUGUGAUGUGUGGAGUGAAGGAGGGGCAUCAGUGUCCACCAGAGGCAGAUGCGUCACAGAUAAAUGUGACAGAGCUGUGGUCAGACGCUGCUCAGAGCAGCUCUCCUCACAUCCAGGUGAUGGAGCUACACUCUGGAUCUGAGCUCUGUUUCCCACAGCUGCUCAACUCCUCCUGCACUAAACCAGUGGUCUCCUGGUCCGAACUGGUCUUUCUACGCUGUCUGCUGUCGUCUGUGUCUGUCCUCACUGUGACUCUCAACCUGCUCGUCAUCGUCUCCGUCUCCCACUUCAGGCAGCUCCACACUCCCACCAACCUCCUGCUCCUCUCUCUGGCCGUCUCUGACUUCCUGGUGGGCUUCGUGUUCCUUCCCGGGGAGGUCCUCAGGAAGUCAACCUGCUGGCUCCUCGGUGACCUCAUGUGUUCCCUGUUUAAGUUCACAGCUACUGUGUGUGUCGCUGCCUCGAUUGGUAACAUGGUUCUGAUCUCAGCUGAUCGCUUCGCAGCCAUCUGUGACCCUCUGCAUUAUCACAGCAGAGUCACAGUGGGAAAAGUGAGACUCUGCAUCUUCCUCUGUUGGUUUUGUCUGACUCUCUAUAACAUUUUGUUUAUUAAAGACGAUCUGCUUCAGACACAGAAGUCUAACUGCCGUGGACAAUGUGUGUUUAAGGUUGAAUUCACUCCAGUGAUCGUUGACCUUAUUGUGGGUUUUAUUCUUCCAGUCUCCGCCAUCAUGGUUCUGUACAUGCGAGUGUUCGUGGUGGCCGUGUCUCAGGCCCGGUCCAUGCGCUCUCACGUCACAGCCGUCACUCUGCACAGAUCAGUGACGGUACUUGCUAAGAAAUCGGAGCUGAAGGCGGCCAGGACUCUGGGGGUUCUGGUUGUAGUCUUUCUGUUUUGUUUCUGUCCGUAUUACUGUGUCACUCUUACAGGAGAGAAUUUGCUCCACUCUUCAUACGGAGUCUUUGUAUUAUCAGUCUUCUGUUUGAACUCCUGUGUGAACCCUGUGAUCUACGCUCUGUUCUACCCCUGGUUCAGACGAGCUGUUAAACUCAUCGUGACUCUGCAGAUUCUGCAGCCUGGCUCCCGUGAGGCCAACGUGCUGUGGAGAGGCCGUGGGUGA